AUGUUGAGUGCGGAAUCGGGGAGAAAGAGAAUGGGGGUCUACCUGGAGGACUGGGACUCGUGCUUUGCAGUGCGAGCAGAGAGGUCUUUUCCUCCAUCUGUUGCGUCGACCCCAAGUCUCUCUUCUCCAAGCGACAACCUCGUUCCUCCUCCCCUCCGCCCUCGUUUCACCUCACAAGCCGCAAAAAUCCCUUCUCAUUCUCCUCCACUCAGCCCUAAUCCUCCAGUUUUUGUUUCCUUACAGCUCGUUGAGCCCGGAAAGAUAGUGCCAGGGAACCUCUCCCUUCAUCGAUACCGUGAAUCUCUCUCGCACUCUCGCCCGAAUCUGACGGCGCAACCGCCAGCAAGAAGUUUGAAACGAAAGCCGAAAGCUCUUAAUCUCAAUACCAACUGCACAUCCCAAGCUCCUCCUUCACCUCCUCCUACUCCACCCUCGCCCUCAGCAUAUUCUGGAUCCUCCGACUCUCCGCCUUCGCCAGCGCAGCCAGCCGGCGAAUACCACUACCCAAGGCUGGCCAACGUCUAUUCCACUGAUUAUUUAGCAACCCCCGCCCCCACGAGCGUCACUGAGGAAUUCGUUGUUCACGCAAAAGCAUCUCCUGAAUAUCAUGCUCAGAGACCUGUUUCUAACUUAGACGCAACGCGCCCAAGUUCUCAAAUCAACAAACUGAACGCGUUCUGUAAACAUAUUCGGCAGAUUCCUGCCAGGAUAUUUCGUCAUUCCACACCUGCUUCUGAAAUUUCUCCAUCAUCACCUCAUUUUCCCAGGACGCUCCAUCAUCGUGGAGUCUCCUUUGAGAUCCUUAGUCCUCAGAAGUGGCAAUCGUCUCAAUCCCAUUCUUCCACCAUGAAUAUCGAACCUGAAUUAACUGGGUUAGAAAAGAUGAUCUCUCCUUACCGGCCUAGAACUCAGUCCCGCUCUCGGUCGCAGUCUCUGGACGGACGAGGGCAGAGGACUCCAUCUCGCACCUUGUUUGACGACCUCGAGACGGCCCACUCCUCCAUAACAUCACGACUUCACGAUGGAGGGAACAGGGCUUCAACUACACCCCCAAGGGAUGCCUCCCAAAAUCAGUCCUCGCCGUCCCUUAGCAACGAGGAAAGGAGGGAACAGGCGGCCAUCCAACUUAGGACCGAUUUCGGAUCACAUAAAUGCGUGCUUGCCCGGCAUGUUUCAACCGACUCACCUCUAAGAACAGCGAAGCGCGCAGAUCGUCAACGAAAGCCCAUUAAACUCAUCAAGCACCGGCCAGGCUCUCGCCUUGAGCAAAUGCAAACAAGUACUUCUCCCCACACCCCACCACGCAAGUCUGCCAGUCCCGUGUUGGGUACGUCCUUCAAUCAGUACCAGCCGAGCCUCAACGGUAUCCGCGGUCGAAUCGACAAAUCAACCACUAUUGACAAUAUCAUCAAGAGUCGACUUACUAUGUUUGAUACGCGACUAAAAAACGCACGCUUCUCUAGACUCCAGCGCUCCCGCGAGCUUCAAGCCGAUACCAAGAAGUAUGCUGGACCGGCCGAAGGACUGACUUCCAAUCCCGUCCGGAAUGACUCCGAUGACGGAAAAGACCGGCAUGAGCAUGCGUAUCAAUGCGAGGAAAGCGUUGACUGUCCGGGGGUGCAAGCUCCAACCCCGCCAAACCAUCCUCAGGGCAGUACACAUGAGCUAGUCCCUCCAAGCCAGUGCCGGCAAGGAACAGGGGCAUCAAGCCCAAACUUCUCACGACCAAUCCCGCCUGGAAAAUGGUUAUCCACCCGUCGCUUCUCUCCAUUCAAACCAAUCUCUCGCUCCAGCGUGAAGGCGACGAGUAAAGAAAAUCCACAAGACCGGGUUCGUUCUCCUACUCACGUUCAGUCAAACCAGGAAGUCCAACGCGAGAAUGAGGAGUCGAUUAUGAAACUUUUAUCUCACCAGUCUGCUUCUGUUGCCCGUGAAAUUGAGCGGGGACUCUUCCGGGGAUCUGACAGUCACUGUGAUGAAUCGGACCCUAUCGAUCUAGGGCCAGGGAGUAGCCAAAGCUCCUCUAGUCAGCACUUGAGCCAGCACAUGGGCUCAUCGACCAUUUUCCCAUCGCCACUAAGAGUGUCCUCGGUUUCCUCAUCUCGCUUUUCAGAGCAAGGCCCUGGUAAUCCCUUUUUCCAUGGUGGACUGGGAACGCGUUCAUUGACAAAGAGAAAUGAGAGUGGUUUGGGGAGGAACAGAAGAUAUACGCACACAGCUUUGGAUAAACAUGCCGAGACCCUAGCUAGUGAGGGAAUUCAGGAGGAAGUCGAUGAUGCUGACCGUGACUGGGAGACCGUCGCUGGCAGCCAACAGUUCACCAGCAGCGUCGGCAACGGCUUUGGCCAGGCGGACACAGAAACCAGUCUGGCAGAUUACUCAAGCUUUGGUAACCUUGCCAACUCAAAUACACAUAAAAAGUCACCCCUGCGUUCAUCUAGGGUUGGCAUUCCUACGACUUCUCACGGAACUAAUGCUGUUACAGUUCCAGCUUAUGCAAGGCGUCAUUCCCAUUUCUUUCACAAAGACCCUAGUACUGGCCAAUAUGUCUUGCUUCCUAACACUAACUACCGAAAUUCUGAAGGCUCACGUCUUAACGCGUUUAGAAAACCAAUCCCAGCUCUCAUCGCUUCGACGUCGAAGUCCCCAACUCCUUUUCCCAACAAGUAUCACCAUCCGUCACCACUUAGCGAAGCCCAUACAAAUCCCUUCCGUUCUACUCCGCCGUUGCUACAUUGUCAGCCCGGUCAGAGCGAUGAGCCAGAAAAUGACGGACGUCGUCUCACCACCGUUGGCAAUAGUAAGUCCAAUUUCCAUGACAACGUAGAGAAUACAUACAUUUCCCACCGUGGCUAUGGACAUUUUCAACGCAACCCGAACAUCUCAGAGAGUGCAAGAGCUUCUUUCCAGCAUUGGUUUUCUGAAGUCAUUGGAAAGGACCCAGCACAACGUCCUUCUCAGUCUUCGUCUGCCUUCCACUGGGAUUCUCGAAGCAUAGGACCCCAUAACUCUGCAGAUGCUAGCUCCCUGAACAUUUCCAAAGUUUCAACAAUAGGCACUGACGAUAAUAUCAGCACGCACCCGUUGUCCGUGAACCUGGACUGCCACCCAUGUUUCCGUCCUUACCACACCACUAUCCAGCUUCCGAGUCACGGUGACCUCACGAGAGAAAACCCCAACUUACCUUCCCGCUCUCUUUCGACCGAUCGUCUUCUCCCUGCGGCACCUGAGAGCAGCAAAUAUUCACCAGGUUCAUUGUAUCAUUCCAUUCGGUCAGCUCGCGAUCGCGUUCUCGGAGGGGGGCAAAAGCGAAAGUCAUUGAACAAUACGCUCCCGAGCCCAAUCCAAGAAUCUACCUCGCAAGAUGCAUCUCCUCGCCCUGCUUCUACGGGUCUCCUCGAGAGACAUAUUCCACGGCAGGGCACAGUCAGUUCCCGCAUUUUUUCUUCACGCUCAAUCCUUCUCCGGACACCCACCAUGACUCGUCGAAGCAGCACUCGACAAACAGCAAGGCAACCAACCGCAGACGAACUACUUAGGGAGCGUUUGGAACAAAUGGACCCGGCUCUCCUCGCGGAUUUCUGCCAGCCAAGUCCCAAUUCGAGGCUUUCAAGGGCCACAUGGGAGCCACAAGUGUACGCCAGUGGUCAAGAAACUACGCGACCUGAACCUCUCACUGGCCCGCCGCGCAAUGCAUUUGACGAGGAAUCAGCAUUACCCCCGGAAGGCCAUUUCGAUCAUCACGCUUUCCCGGAUUCACCACGCCUUAAUCCCAUACGUAAGCGAGCGGUUGGUGGCAGUUUAGUUGAACAACGCCGCCUAGGCCGAAAGAUCAUUUUGUGGUGCACUCUUGCAUUCCCACUCGGGUGGACCAUUCUACUGCUGAUUGGGUAUGGAUCAGGACAGGCAGAUUUCCUCAUCCAACGCUGGUCAGAUGGCAAUAUCGACGGAUUCCAUGAGAAGGAGGAGCGUUUGGCUCGACAGGCGGCAAUAGCAUAUGUUAUGUUUUUAUUGAUUGGAUCCAUAGCUGCUGUUUCUGUGGCUCUCUUAGUUUAACUGCUGAAUGGGUGAAGGUGUCCUUUUUGGUGAAACGAUCUUUCAGCCAUGCCUGCAGCAAAAGUUCAGGUUCAUGUGCGCACAGGACAAUUCGAAUAUUAUUUAAUGAGUUAAUGUAGAGCUGCUGUUCUUUUUUUUGUUUCCUUUCCUGAGUUCGUCUUCCUUGUGAAUCUCCCUAACUUCUCAGUGCCUUGUCCCCCUUCCAAUGUACCCUUUUUCACCUAACUAGUGAGCAUUUGGCUUAUGUGUUUGAGUACUCUGUAUGCCUUUAAAUAUUCCCCUUGCUUUAAUGUUCAUUCAAGGGAUUCGGUUCUUCACACAUUCGCAAAGACCCCGAAAAAUCUUGAACAGCAAUAAGGCCAUGCAUCGCUGUUCUUUACGUCGCACAAUUUAAUAUUUCUAAAACACCCUGUACUUGUUAUCAUAAGUAAUGCAACCUGUCAGAGUUUUCCCCCAGUU